AUGAGCGAAGAAAAAUCAAUAGCAAAUACAUCUACAGUUCCAAAAGAUGCAGAAGGUCGUCGACGUAUCAAUAUCCAACAGAUGCAAAAUGUUCUUCUUAUAUGGUUAGACAGUAACAUUGACGAAACAAAUCUUGAUUGUCAAAAUACAGUCACAAAGUUACGAAGUGCUGUUAACGACAUCAAGACAUGUACAAAUGGUGAUCAAUGCCUUGGAUUCAUUCAAACUGUCGUCGAUAACAAGAUAUGUAUGAUCAUAUCUGGAUCACUUGGACAACAUAUUGUGCCUCGUGUAUACAAUGUUUCCCAAGUUGACUCAAUAUUUAUUUUUUGUGGCAAUAAAAAACAUCAUGAACAAUGGGCCAAAGAUUGGCCCAAAAUAAAGGGUGUCUUCACAGAUAUUACACCCAUCUGUGAAGCACUCAAAGACGCUGCUCAUCAAUGUGAGCAGAAUGCCAUUUCCAUGAGUUUCGUGGGAACAUAUAAAAAGUUGGAUCAAUUAGAUCCUUCUUUUAUGUACACUCAAAUACUUAAAGAAAUAUUAUUAACCAUCAAGUUCAACCAAAAGCACAUCCAAGAUUAUAUUAAUUACUGUCGUGAUGCUUUUAAAGGUAAUACAAAAGAAGUCAAAAACAUUAAACAAUUAGAAAGCCAAUAUCAUAACAAAACACCGAUUUAUUGGUACACCUGUGAAAUGUUCUUGUAUCCCAUGCUCAAUCGUGCAUUACGACUGAUGGAUGGUGAUAUCAUCACACGUAUGGGCUUUUUUAUUGGUGAUCUACAUCGACACAUUGAACAACUGCAUCAAGAACAAUAUGCUGGUACGACUGCUACUAAUACUUUCACUGUUUAUCGUGGUCAAGGUUUAUCUAUAGAGGAUUUUGAAAAAAUGAAUAAAAUUAAAGGUGGUCUUAUUUCAUUCAACAACUUCUUGUCCACUAGUAAGGUUCACAACAUAUCACUGGGUUUUGCUCAACAUGCUACAACAAAUCCAGAUCAACUAGGUGUCCUGUUUAUUAUGAAAGUUAAUCCUGCUCAAUCAACAACACCAUUUGCUUCCAUUGCUGGUAUUAGUGACUUCCAAGGAGAGGAAGAAAUCUUAUUUUCGAUGCAUAGCGUUUUUCGUAUACAGGAUAUUAAACAGAUGAGUGAAAAUAAUCGUUUAUAUGAAGUUCACUUGGUACUGACUGCUGAUAACGAUCCAGAAUUACACAGACUUACUGAUUUUAUUCGAAAAGAGAGUUAUUCAGGCGAUGAAGGAUGGUACCGAUUGGGAUCAGUACUAUAUGACAUGGGUCAAUUUGAUAAAGCUGAAGAUAUCUAUCAAGUUUUACUUGAUCAAGCCAAAGAUGAUAAAAACAAGGCAAAUAUUUAUCAUCGACUUGGUUUGAUCAAAGAUGAUCAAGGGAAAUAUCAAGAAGCACUUGCAUUCUAUGAAAAAACAGUUGCUAUUAAACAGCAAUCACAUUCUCCCAAUCAUCCUGGUUUCGCUAACUGCUACAACUGCAUAGGUAGAGUGCAUUUCAAAACGAGUAGUUACCCAAAAGCACUUUUUUAUUAUGAAAAAGCUCUUGAAAUUCAACAACAAUCACUUCUCCACAAUCAUCCUAGUUUGGCUUAUUCCUACGGCAACAUUGGUUUAGUGAAUUACGAAAUGGCUGAUUAUCCGAAAGCACUUUCAUAUCAUGAAAAAGCCCUUGAAAUUCAACAACAAUCACUUCCUCCCAAUCAUCCUGAUUUUGCUGGAUCAUACAACAACAUUGGUUUAGUACAUGAAAAAACAGGUAAUUAUUCGAAGGCACUUUUUUAUUAUGAAAAAGCUCUUGAAAUUCAACAACAAUCACUUCCCCACAAUCAUCCUAGUUUGGCUCAUUCCUACGGCAACAUUGGUUUAGUACAUGACAACACAGGUAAUUAUCCGAAAGCACUUUUUUAUUAUGAAAAAGCUCUUGAAAUUCAACAACAAUCACUUCCCAACAAUCAUCCUGAUUUGGCUAAAUGCUACUUCAACAUUGGUUUAGUGAAUUACAAAAUGGAUGAUUAUUCGAAAGCACUUUCAUAUCAUGAAAAGGCUCUUACAAUUCGACAACAAUCACUUCCUUCCAAUCAUCCUGAUUUGGCUUCUUCGUACUACUGCAUUGGUGCGGUGUAUGGAACGAUGAAUAGUUGCUCAAAAGCCCGUACAUUUUUUGAACAUGCUAUACAAAUUGGAGAACAGUCAUUACCUUCGAAUCAUCCUGAACUUCAGAUGUAUAGAAAUAGCCUCGAACGUGUAAAAGACAAAUAA